AGGGCACUGCAAAAUGAGGUCAUCUAUCUGCGCCGGGGAAGUUUUCCUUGGUCAUUGUUCUAUUGGCCUCGCGCGAUCUUACUGCUGCAUCUUUGUGCUGUGAAACUACCGAAGUGAAUACAGCACGCCGCGAAUUUUAUAGCGUUGUCCGGGAAAAUGGAGAGUCCUGAGGAAACCCAGAACAGUUCGGAUAAAGCCUAUGCCUCGAAACGACGGGCCGAAAUACGAAGACGAAAACUGCUGAUGAAUUCUGAAAACAGAAUGAACAGGAUUAUGGGGUUUAGUGGCAGCAGCAAGGACGACGGGGAUGCAGACGUUAAGGGCCAUGUGAUGGAACACAGGAUGCACAUUGAUCUGGACAAAACAGACGCCUGGUCCUCAGCCAUUUCCUCGACACGGCCGGCAUCAUUCUCCAGUGAACUUGGGGGCAGCCGCCAUAGCGAGGGCUUGGAGAGCAAGUGCUCUCUACCUACCCCCGAUAUCAGGGACAUGCUAGGGGGCAGCGGAGAAGAGGACAGCCCAGGGGAGCCCCGGCAGCGAGUGCGAGGGGAUCUGGCCGGCGAGGGGCUGCCGCGCUCCCCCCGCCGCGGUCUGCAGCAGUAUCUGUCGCGUUUUGAUGAGGCUAUGAGGCUCCGUGACCAGCUGGCCAGUGAGAAGCCGGCCCAGGAUGGUGCCUCGGGUCCCGAGGAGCUGGAAGCCUUCCGUAUCUUCCGGCUUGUUGGGAGUGUUGUUCUAGCUAUUGCCGUCAGGGUAUUCAUCUGCAAGUACUUGUCCAUAUUUGCUCCGUUUCUUACACUGCAGCUUGCCUACAUGGGUUUGUGCAAAUAUUUCCCAAAGGGUGAGAAGAAGAUGAAGACCACGGUGCUGACGGCCGCCCUGCUCCUGUCAGGAAUCCCUGCUGAGGUCAUCAACCGCUCCAUGGACACUUACAGGAAGAUGGGCGACGUCUUCACAGACCUCUGCGUCUAUUUCUUCACUUUCAUUGUGUGUCACGAGCUUCUUGUUGUCUUCGGUUCUGAAGUGCCCUGAGCUGGCACCUCCCCCUUUUCCCCGCUUCCUGGUUUGGCUAAGUGUUAGUCUCCCUUUUCCAUAUUCCAGUUUGCCUGGGCAUCUACCCACCACUGCUCAUAACUUCACAUUUAUAUAAAACACCUGCUAGUUAAUUUCAGUUGAUGGUUUGUAUGACCUGCUGGUUGACUGAGUGGACCCAAGUAUUUAACUGAAAUAAAAUUGUUUCUGUAGACUUAUUCUGUGAUGGGACUGGAGAUGUUUUUGACUACACACAGCUUGACUACCUUAUAUAAGCUUGUUGAAGUUUUCUCUGAGCUAAAAAUGUAUUGUAGCACAUCCUGUUGAGUGUCCUGCACAGAAAACAUCAGUUUUUAAGGUAUGCUGCUGUUUUUCUUUCUUUCUUUCUUUUUCUUUCUUUCUUUCUUUCUUUAUUUAAAGAGUGUCCUGUGAUAUUAAUAACUUGGUCAAUGGUUGUAUUCUCUGUAUAGCUUACGUUGUCUGAUAAUAUGAAUUAUGGAUUGUAUAACUAUCUCUCCAUCGGCCAGCUAGUUACUGAGUUGUCAAUACUGUACGGUAUUGUGUGUGUUGUACGUUAUAAAACAUAUAAAUUAUUUAAUUUUGUGUAAAAAUAUUUUGAGUAAUUAAAGUUGAAUUUGUUUUCUUUUUAGAAAUUGUUUUUAAUAUAAUUUGUGUUUUCUUUGUAAUUACUGGUAGCUGAUGGGAAAAUAUUUAUGUAUAACAAUAUAACACAUAAACUUGGCAAGUUUCCUUUUCACCUGCGUUUCUGUUUUUAGUUGUUCCAGAGCCCUUUAGGUGUCAUGGUAAAAAAAUAUUAUCCCAUAGUAAUUCAUGCACUCCAGUUAGUAAUUUAUGUUCUCCAGUUACUAAUUCAUGAGCUUGAGUUUGUAAUUAAUUCCCUCAAAUUAAUCACCAAUCAGACAGCACAAAUUAGUAACUUUAGAGUGCGAGUUGGUAACUCGAGCGCACAAAUUACUACGAGAUAAUAUUCUUUUCUACCGUAACACCUAAGGGGCUUCAUAUAAACCAACUGAAGUUAAAAUUCCCCUGCAUUGUAAAAUGUUACUGUAGUCUGCUUAACGUACUACGGUGCAGACACUUCUGGGAAGCUGAAUGGGCUGGGCACGUUCACUGGGGUACAUUUUAAGUGAUAACAAAUAAAAACCUCUCUCUGUGUGUA